UCAUAUGUUUACAGUCACAUGUCUGAUGUCAUAUGAUGAGCCAGAAAAUACAAACUGGAUAAUUCGUAUUUUUAUGAACGCACUAUGUUCAGUCAAAGGUUAUCUAGGCAGAAAUAUGCCUCUUUUAUGCAUUAGUCGAUGUGUAUUCACAUUUAUGCGCUGAUAUUCGAGGUUUAGGCUCGGUUUAGCUCAUUAAUGCACUACCCACAGCGCACGUGCAUCUUCAAAGCAAACCAAGGUUUAGUUGAGUUAAAUCAUGGAAGUUCCUCGGAGUCACAUAUCACUGUUCCUUUGUCUGUUAUCAUGUGUGUCGUUCAUCGGGGCUCGAUACACUGCCGAUUGGGCUAGUUUGGACUCCAGACCUCUUCCUGAAUGGUACGACGAUGCGAAGUUCGGGAUCUUCGUUCACUGGGGAGUGUUUUCUGUGCCCGCGUUCGGCAGCGAGUGGUUCUGGUGGAACUGGCAGGGCGCACAUAAACCUGAGUACAUUCUGUACAUGGCCAAAAACUAUCCGCCUGGAUUUACCUAUGCUGAUUUCGCACCUGAUUUUCGCGCACAGUUUUUCGAUCCUUAUGAGUGGGCAGACAUCUUCGAAGCUUCAGGAGCAAAAUAUGUGGUUCUCACGUCGAAACAUCAUGAAGGCUUCACAAACUGGGGCUCCCCGAACUCCUGGAACUGGAAUUCUGUGGAUAAUGGACCGCGCAGGGAUCUUGUUGCAGAUUUGGGCGUUGCAAUUAGGAAAAGGUCUCUGCAUUAUGGACUCUAUAACUCUCUGUUUGAAUGGUUCAACCCCCUCUACCUGAGUGACAAGCAGGCUGAUUUCAAGACCCAGGAGUUUGUUAACAACAAACUUAUGCCAGAGCUCUUCAAUCUGGUCAAAAGGUACGAGCCAGAGUUGAUAUGGUCAGAUGGGGACUGGGAAGCAAAUGACACCUAUUGGAACUCUACGGAAUUUCUAGCCUGGCUUUACAAUGAUAGUCCAGUCAAAGAUGUAGUAGUGGUCAAUGACAGAUGGGGGGCUGGGUGUUCCUGUAAACAUGGAGGUUAUUACAACUGUGCUGACAAAUUCACCCCAGGUACAUUACCCAGUCACAAGUGGGAGAAAUGCACAUCAGUGGACACAUACUCUUGGGGUUAUCGUCGUAAUAUGGAGCUAAGCCAACUGAUGGAUCUACCGUCCAUAAUUAAGGACCUGAUCCACACAGUGGCCUUCGGGGGCAAUUACCUGCUGAAUGUGGGGCCCAAGCCAGACGGCAUGAUUCCACCUGUUUUUGAGGAACGUCUCAGAGAUAUUGGGGCCUGGAUGAAGAUCAAUGGGGAAGCCAUUUAUGCAACUAAGCCUUGGAGAGUGCAGACUGAGAAUGCCACUGUCCCUGUCUGGUACACCUCAAAAGGCAGCACAGUGUAUGCUAUCUUUACUACAAAUCCCAUGCAGUACACCUUUCAGCUCUUUGCACCCAAAACAUCAGACAAAACUGUGGUGACUUUGUUGGGGAUAUCUGAGCCUUUGAAAUGGGAUCCUCUGCACUCAACAGGACUGAUUGUGCUAAUAACUGAUCUGCCCUACUCACCUGCUCAAGUCUGGACCCUUAAGCUGGAUGGAGUGGUUUAAACCACUCAUUUCCAAAGUGAGGAUUAUAAUGGAAUUUGUUUUUUUUGUUUUUGUUUUUGUUUUGUAUGAAUCAAUUUUUUACUGGCAUAGAAUUUAGUUGAUUGCUGCUUAAUAAAUUAACAACUGAAUGACACAGAAGAACCAAAUAAAAUCAUUUAAAA